CCUCGCCGCGCGGAGCUGGGGUGGUGCCCGCCCCGCGCGGCCACCCGGCUGGGGAGCCAGAGGCGCGAGUACGCUCUCGCAGCGCUCCGGGCUCCGGACAGCCGCAGCGCUCGCCUUGGAGAAGUGCCAAAGAAGAACUUUCUUUGCGCUGCAAACAUUCUUGGUGAAUGGGAUAGUCUCCCUCUUUGGCCUCCCGCCUUUUGAUUGUGGGUUUGAUCCCUGCGCUGCUUUCCUUCUCCCGAACCUCCCGGGGUGCAGCCGGGAGCCCUCCCGCGCACCCGAGUCCGGAGCACAGCUGUCCCGGCCUCCGAGGGAGAGAGGCGGCCGCCGCGCUGGUCCCCCCGCGGCCCGCGCCCCGCCGCGCAGGAGUCCGCGUCCCGGGCGGUGGUUGCGGGGCGGUAGCGGGCGGUGCCUGGGGCUCGGGGCGCGCGUGGCAUGCAGUCGCUCAACAUCACCCCGGAGCAGUUCUCCCGGCUGCUGCGGGACCACAACCUGACGCGGGAGCAGUUCAUCGCGCUGUACCGGCUGCGGCCGCUCGUCUACACCCCGGAACUGCCUGGGCGCGCCAAGCUGGCCUUCGUGCUUACCGGCGUGCUCAUCUUUGCCCUGGCACUCUUUGGCAACGCGCUGGUGGUCUACGUGGUGACCCGCAGCAAAGCCAUGCGCACCGUCACCAACAUCUUCAUCUGCUCCUUGGCGCUCAGCGACCUGCUCAUCGCCUUCUUCUGCAUCCCGGUCACUAUGCUCCAGAACAUCUCUGACAACUGGCUGGGAGGUGCUUUCAUUUGCAAGAUGGUGCCAUUUGUCCAGUCUACAGCUGUCGUGACAGAAAUUCUCACUAUGACCUGCAUUGCUGUGGAAAGGCACCAGGGCCUGGUGCAUCCUUUUAAAAUGAAGUGGCAAUACACCAACCGAAGGGCUUUCACAAUGCUAGGUGUGGUCUGGCUGGUGGCAGUCAUCGUAGGAUCACCCAUGUGGCAUGUACAACGACUUGAGAUUAAGUAUGACUUCUUAUAUGAAAAAGAACACAUCUGCUGCUUGGAAGAGUGGGCCAGCCCUGCACACCAGAAAAUCUACACUACCUUCAUCCUUGUCAUCCUCUUCCUCCUGCCUCUUACGGUGAUGCUUAUCCUGUACAGUAAAAUCGGUUAUGAACUUUGGAUAAAGAAAAGAGUGGGAGAUGGCUCGGUGCUUCGAACUAUUCAUGGAAAAGAAAUGUCCAAAAUAGCCAGAAAGAAGAAGCGAGCUGUCAUUAUGAUGGUGACAGUGGUGGCUCUCUUUGCUGUGUGCUGGGCACCUUUCCACGUCGUUCACAUGAUGAUUGAAUACAGCAAUUUUGAAAAGCAGUAUGAUGAUGUCACAAUCAAGAUGAUUUUUGCUAUAGUGCAAAUAAUUGGAUUUUCCAAUUCCAUCUGUAAUCCCAUUGUUUAUGCAUUUAUGAAUGAAAACUUCAAAAAAAAUUUUGUAUCUGCAGUUUGUUAUUGCAUAGUAAAAAAAACCUUAUCUCCAGCACGAAGGCGUGGAAAUUCGGGAAUUACAAUGAUGCAGAAGAAAGCAAUGUUUUCCCGGAGAAAGAACCCAGUAGAGGAGACCAAAGGAGAAGCCUUCAGUGAUGGUAACAUUGAAGUCAAAUUGUGUGAGCAACCAGAGGAGAAAAACCAUCUCAAACGACAUCUUGCCCUGUUUAAUUCUGAACUUUCUGAGAAUUCUGCUUUAGGCAGUGGGCGUUAAAUAUAACAUUGUCUUCAUAAUUAAUGCCAUUCAUAUCUUAAUCUGACGAGAAAAUUAUUUUGAGCAAAGGUCAAAGGCUUUUUUAAUUCUUAGAAUGAUGAAAAGAAGGAACUUUAAAUCAUUUUUCCAUAAAAAAUAUGACAUUAUACAUAGAAACAGAAUUAUGAACAAUUAUUAAACCAUCGUUGUAGAUUAGAAAAGUGAAUUUUUAAAAAUCUUGUGCAUAAAUAAAUAUUCUUGGCUAGCGUGUUUCCCCCAUGCAGUCAAUGGAAUGUGGCUUUUAAUGUCUUGCUAAAUUGGACGAGAAAAUAACAGCUUAAAAUAUAACUUAAAAUAUCUUUUUGUCUUGAAAAAGUUUAAUAGCUGAACACUAGAAUGUAAUUUUUAGUGCGCUGUGAAGCUUGCUGAUACAGUCUCUGCAAAUGAGGUCUUUUCAAGAAUCGUACAGUUGAAGAGGGAGAAGCAGCAGAAUGAUGGCUGAAUGAGAUUUAGAGGACGAUGCCUGAGCUUGAGCUUCUUAUAGCCCGACCAGUUACCAUUGCUGUGAUGACUGGCGAGUCAUUUGACCUCUUUAAGUCGCCAUUCCGUCCUGUGUAAACUGAGAUGGUGCCUCCUCUCUUUCAGUCACUGCCGGAACAGAUGAGCAUGCGCAGGAAAGCACUGUGUCCUCGCAAACACCGUGGCGUUCUGAAACAUCAGGGUAGCUCCUUGUGUCUCAGGCCUCCGCUUCCUCCUCCCUUUUCCUUUCUGAGACUUGCCCUCAACCCUGCCCACCUUUCCACUCGUGCCUAUUUUGGAACUGAUGUCUCUAAUCAAAAGAAGAAAGUUUCUGAGAUCCCCUUUUAUAGGUUGACUGUAAUAUAUUUAGACCAAUCUAACUAUCUCAAAUAUUUAUAUUUUUAAGCCCUUUAUUCUCACUAGUGGGAUGGCAGAGUUUUUGUCAUGUAAAAAGGCUUCUAGGUGCAGUUAGUAGACGAGAGAAUCCAUUACAAGCCCAUGCCGUUUUAUUGUGCCCAAGACUGACCCCCAAGAGAGAGCUGGGUCAGAAAGAACAAUUGCAUUCCCCAUCCAUAUUCUUCACUUAAAUCACCCUUAAACUCAACUCCUCUCUUUUUAGUCUUCUCUUCCUCCUCCCAAAUGUCAGGGAUCCCGUGGCCACCAUCCUCGUGCUUUGUUAUUUCCCUUUCAACAUCUGAGAUUCCAAAGUCUGGUCACAGCCUCACGGCCAAAGUGUCUCUUCUGCCUCCAGUUUUCCAGCCAGGUAAUAGAAAGGAAGAGAAGCUCGAGAACUCUCAGGGUAUUUCACUUGAAAGGUUUAAGGUUUGAGAACCAGAGAACCGUUGCCUUUGGGAUCUUUCAAGAUACAGACAUUUAAUUUUAUACGUGUGUUAAUGUAAGCACAUUAUGUAACGUAAGUUAAUGGAAGUCAAGGAUGAAACUGUGGUAUUAGCAAACAAUGUCAAUAUGACACAGGAAAGUUAACAAAGUGAAGAAAGAACAACUCUCUGAUGAUUUGGUUUGUGUUGAAAUGGACUCACUAUGGGUUGUUUAUGUACACUGUCCUCCAAUUAUGCCUAGUUACUCUGUAGCAAAACAAUGAUUAUCAUUAAAUCAUUAAACCAUUAAAAA